AUGGAAAACUUGGUUUUAAUUAUAAGAAAUAAAUUCAAAUCUCAUUACUCGGACUACUCGGAGGCUAUUGAGAGAGACUUUUGUGAUGCACUCAUAACUGCUAAGAAUGAGGCCCUCAGAGACCACAAGGAAUCGGCCCCUUAUUUGACUGAUGAUAACCUGGCGAUGGCUGUGUUUGAUCUCUUCAUUGCCGGCUCUGAAUCCUCGCAAAACACCUUUCAAUGGAUGACCGAAUGCCAACACAUGAGGACAGGAAUCGAUGCCAUUAUGUCAUGGCUUUCAUCUCCGGAAAUGCAGCGAAAGUUGAGACAAGAGAUUGAGACACAAAUCGGAGACCGAAUGCCAACACAUGAGGACAGGAAUCGAUGCCAUUAUGUCAUGGCUUUCAUCGCUGAGACAAUGAGGUUCAGGAUUACGAUGCCGACUGGUCUGAACCACAGGGCUGUGGUCACCAGUAAAAUAGGGAAAUAUACAAUUCCUGAAGAUCUGGGGAUUUUUGUAUAUCAGGGCUACAUUUGUCGUAAUAAUAAGGAUUGGGUCAAAGGAAAUGAGUUCAUUCCCGAGAGGUUUCUGGACAGUAAGGGACAGUUCAUGACUACCCGUCCAAAGGCGUUCAUCCCGUUCGGUGUGGGACGACGUGUUUGUUUGGGCGAGAAGUUAGCCAUCGCUGACCUCUUCCUAGUUUUGGUCACAUUUCUGCAGUCGACACAAGACUACGAUAUGAUGUCAGAGAGCAGUACUGGUAUCGGUGCCGACCCUAACAUUUCCAUAUCAGCUAACAAACAAUAUGGACCUGUAUUCACGGUAUGGUUGGGAACUGUACCCAAUGUGUGCAUAACGGACAUAGAUAUAGCCCGCGAGGCCUUCCGUAAGAAUGACUCCUCCGGAAGAGUUGCCUCUUAUUUCGGGAGUGUAUUUUCAAAUGAAAAGGCGAAUGACGUCUUGUUUACCGAUUACGGACAUACGUGGAAAGCCCUGAGACGGGUCGCACAUUCAGCCGCACAAAAGUACUCAACAAAUGAUAAACUCGUGUAUUUGGCCAAUGAUUGUGUCCAACAAACUGUCAAAACUUUCGGUCAAAGACAUAUGUUUAUCUCUCAUUACUCGGACUAUUCGGAUGAUAUUGAGAGAGACUUUUGUGAUGCACUCAUAACCGCUAAGAAUGAGGCCCUCAGAGAGGGUAAAGAGUCGGUCCCUUAUCUCACCGAUGAUAACCUGGCGAUGACUGUCAUCGACCUAUUCAUUGCGGGCACCGAUACCUCAUAUAAAACUUUUCAAUGGCUUUUACUAUUAGUCUGCUAUUACCCGGAAAUGCAGCGAAAGUUGAGACAAGAGAUUGAGACACAAAUCGGAGACCGAAUGCCAACACAUGAGGACAGGAAUCGAUGCCAUUAUGUCAUGGCUUUCAUCGCUGAGACACUGAGGUUCAGGAAUAUAGCCCCACAGGGAGUCCCUCAUAGGGCUGUUGUCAGGACUACUAUCGUCCCUGAAAAUAUGGGAGUUCUUGUGUGUCAGGGAAUCAUUUGUCGUAAUCAUAAGGAUUGGGACAAAGGAAAUGAGUUUAUUCCCGAGAGAUUUCUGGACAGUGAAGGCAGGUAUAUGACUACCCGUCCAAAGGCGUACAUCCCGUUCGGUGUGGGACGACGUGUUUGUUUUGGUGAGAAGUUAGCCAUCGCUGACCUCUUCUUAGUUUUGGUCAGAUUUUUGCAGUCGACUCAAGACUACGAUAUAGUGCUCGACAGUCACAGUGUGUAUAGAAUAGCUAAAUUCUAUCACUUGAGAUCCACUUUGCCUCCCGGGCCACAUCCAGUUCCUUUAUUGGGAAAUAUAUUGAUGUUCAAAUCGAAACUCCAUUUCGAUGAUGUGCUCCGGAAUGUGGCCAAGAAGUACGGCCCGGUAUUCACGUUUUGGUUGGGAAACGCCCCCCACGUGUUUGUUACGGACAUAGAUAUGGCUCGCGAGGCGUUCAAGAAAAAUGACAUUGCUGGCAGGACUGAAUCAUUUUUCGGAUCUCAAGUAUCCAAUGACACGAUGAAAGACGUUGUAUUUACCGAUUACGGACAUACCUGGGAAGCUCUUAGAAGGGUCGCCCACUCGGCCGUACAGCUGGCAUACGUGGCCACCGAUUGUGUGGACCGGACGGUGAAGACUAUAUUAGAUAAGGAAGGAGUGGGUAAACCCUUUUCGCCCAUCAGCUACAUAUAUCUCACAUUUCUCAACAUAUUAGCCACCAGUACGUUUGGGCAGAGUUAUGAUUUGGAGGACAAGGAGUUUAAGGAUUUGAAACUAAUAGACAAAAAACGAGUCAAUCAAAUGAGGAAAUUAUUUAAAGACACCGCAGAACUCAUGAAACAUAAAUAUAUUUCACAUCAGAAAGACUACUCGGAGUCAAUUGAAAGGGACUUUUGUGAUGCACUCAUAACCGCUAAGAAUGAGGCCCUCAGAGAGGGUAAAGAGUCGGCCCCUUAUCUCACCGAUGAAAACCUGGCGAUGACUAUAUUUGAUCUGUUUUUCGCCGGAACCGAUACAUCCCAACAGACAUUUCAAUGGUUACUCAUUUUGUUGUCGUAUUACCCGGAAAUGCAACGAAAGUUGAGACAAGAGAUUGAGACACAAAUCGGAGACCGAAUGCCAACACAUGAGGACAGGAAUCGAUGCCAUUAUGUCAUGGCUUUCAUCGCUGAGACACUGAGGUUCAGGAAUAUAGUGCCUCAGGGCUUACCUCACAGGGCUAUUGUUAGGACUACUAUUGGUAAACAUACCAUUCCUGAGAAUAUGGCGGUUAUUGUAUAUCAGGGCUACAUUUGUCGUAAUGAUAAGGAUUGGGAGAAAGCAAAUGAGUUCAUUCCCGAGAGAUUUCUUGAUAAACAGGGAGAGUUCAUAACUACCCGUCCAAAAGCGUACAUCCCGUUCGGUGUGGGACGACGUGUUUGUCCCGGAGAGAAGUUAGCCAUCGCUGACCUCUUUCUAGUUUUGGUCAGAUUUCUGCAGUCGACUCAAGACUACGAUAUAGUCCUCGACAGUCAUAAUGGUAUUGAUGCCGACCCUAAUAUAGUCGACGCUUAUUCCCCUCCAGAAUAUAAAAUACUAUUGAAAAUUAAAAGUCAAUAA